AGACGAAACCAUCCGCUGGUCACUCUAUUACCUUUCCACAGCCAGUACUCUUUGACCUUACCACCGUCUCUCUCCAAGUACAAGGUGGCUACUUUAUCCCUCACAUUAUGUUUUCGGCCCAUAAAGAUAGGACAGGAUAACAGGUUCUACAGCUUCUUGCUUGUUCAGACAGGGAAGAGAAUCCCUCAUUUGCGUCAGUUCCGCGGGGUCAAUCCGUUCGGCGGCCACGACGAAUCACAGCCCAGAAUGGUAGCAUAUGCCGGUGAUCCAUCAUCCAUAGCAUUGUAUCAUCUUCAUUUCCCAGAGAUAAAGCUCCUUGAUGGUUACGAGUAAAUUGAUUUAUCAGCUUUUUAGGCAGAAGCUUUCGCCGUGAGCCCACGCAUAGAGAUAUAUGUUUAUCAUCAUGCUGCUCACAAGUCUUUUGCUCAUCGCCCUCCUGAGCUGCCGAUGACCCUGACUAUGACUCGUACGGAAGGAAACACACUUCCCAACGCCUCUGAGAAGCCCAGCACAUCAUCAGAACUGACACCUACCGCAUUGCAACCACCACUACCUCCAGAUGGCGGCAUCGAAGCAUGGGCUCAGGUCGUGGCAGGUCACCUGGUUGUAGCCCUCACCUGGGGCUAUGCUUCCAGCUUCGGCGUUUUCCAGAACUACUACGAGACUCAGCUCUCGGAAUCCUCGUCGGAUAUAUCCUGGAUUGGGGGGUUUCAAGUCUUCUGCCUCCUGCUCGUCUCUACCUUCUCAGGCCGUGCUACCGAUGCAGGCCUCGCAAGACCCGUUGUUCUAGCUGGAAGCAUCUUGAUUCUGCUCGGGACGUUCAUGAUCAGCCUGGCAAGCCAGUACUGGCAGAUAUUCCUUGCACAGGGUCUAUGCAUCGGACUGGGGCAAGGGCUUAUGUGGCUCCCCAGUGUCACCGUGAUAUCAACAUACUUCGCACGGAAUCGCGUCUUUGCCGUAACUGCUGCAGCAACAGGUACGAGCACUGGAGGGAUAAUAUUCCCUGCCAUGAUUCAAUACCUGACUCCUCAGAUAGGUUUCCCCUGGGCCGUCCGCUGCAUGGGCUUCCUAGCCCUGUUUAUGGCUAUCAUUAUCAAUCUCCUCCUCCGAACACGUCUUCCACCUCGCAGAUCCGGCCCCUUGGUCGAAUGGUCCGCCUUCAAGGAACCUUCUUACAUGCUGUUCACUUUCGGCAUCUUCCUCCUAUACUGGACUCUCUACUUCGCAUUCUUCUACAUCCAAGUCUACGCCACAGAGAAGCUAGGCCUGUCCCAAACAGCCGGCGUCAACCUCGUCAUCGUAAUCAACGCAGCCGGAAUCCCAAUCCGAGCACCCUGUGGCUAUCUCGCAGAUCGAUACACCGGUCCCUUGAACUGCCUGAUCCCUUGGGUAGCCAUCUGUGGUGUUCUAAUGUACUGCUGGAUUGCUGUCCAUACAGUGGCCGGACUAUAUCUCUUCGCGGUAUUUUUUGGCCUCGCCUCUGCUGCCGCGAUGGGAUUGUUUGCGGGGACAGUUCCCUCUCUCACAAAGGAUAUAAGCAAGAUAGGCACGCGGGUGGGUAUGGUUCUCACGCUGAUGAGCGUGGGACCCUUGACGGGGCCAUCUGUGGCUGGCGUGCUGAUCGCCAGAACUGGGGGGAAGUAUCUUGCUGCCCAGAUCUGGGCUGGUUCGGCUUUGCUUGUGGGCGCGGGGGCUCUGAUAGGUGCUAGAGUGUUUGUAUCUGGUUGGAGACUGAUGCAUAGAAUCUAGCUGAUAUGAUUGGCAGUAUAGAGUGCAGAUAGAUAUAGAACCGAUCGUAGUGAGUAUAGAGCCUUGUCGUAGGAUGGGAAAAGAUUUAAGAAUUAUGCUGUGGUGUACUCAAGUACAACCCUAUAGAGACAGGGCCAUGGAAUUAAGUCUUGAUAUCUGA